GAUGAUCUUCAAGGCAAUCCCUUUUUGGAAGGAAUUAGUUCUUCUUCUUUUUCCUUCCAAAGGGAGACGCAUAUACCAAUACACAUGAUGAUGUUGCAGAAAGCUGCAAGCAAUGCAUAUUCAUGGUGGUGGGUUAGCCACAUUAGGACCAAGCAAUCAAAAUGGCUUGAACAAAAUCUUCAAGAUAUGGAGGAGAAAGUGAGGAGCAUGUUGAAAAUUAUUGAUGAUGAUGGGGAUUCAUUUGCAAAAAGGGCAGAAAUUUAUUUCAAGAAAAGACCAGAACUUGUAAGCAUUGUUGAAGAAUGUUACCGUUCUUACCAAGCAUUAGCUGAAAGAUAUGAUCAUUUAUCAAAAGAUCUUCAAAGUGCCAAUCGAACCAUUGCUACUGUUUUCCCUGAACAAGUCCCUUAUUCCCUUGAUGAUGAACAAGAUCCCGGUUCGAGAGUUUGGAUUCAUAAAGGAAAAGUGAACAAAGCUUUAGGAUCGGCGGUUACGAGUUCGGGGUUGAACAAAGACGACGCACUCGAUGAAAUCGAUAAGUUGUCGAAGGAGAUUUCAGAUAUGGAAACUGAAAGAGAGUGUUUGAAGAGAGCAUAUGUGGAAGGGUAUAAGAAAUUUUGUGAAGUGGACAAUCAAGUAGCUGAAAAGCAAAGGAGAGUAAGCAAUUUACGGGUUGAGUUCGGGCUUGGAUCCGUUACCGAUGAUAAACACGAGUUGCCGAUCGAGGAUGUGAAUGUGGAUUCCGAAAAGAUUAAGCAUGUACAUUUGGGAUUUGAAGCUUUGAGGAAUAGAUUUAGUGCUCCACAAAUAAAUCAGCAAAAGAAGCAUGUUCCAAUUAAGAAUGUUGAUAACAAGGUUCAUGAAGUUCUUAUUGUUGAAAAAGAGAACCAUGUUUCCGAAGUAUCGUGGAACGAGACCGAUGAGAAGCUCGAAGUAAGCUCGAAUUAUGCUUCUCGUAUGAUGUCUGAACUUGUAGUGAAAAUUGAUGAGCUUGUACAAAGAGUUGUUAAUUGGGAAACUACAUUUUUGUCUGAAAAGGAUUUAGAAAAGAGAUCAAAAUCCGAUGCGGAUGAGGUUCCGGAAGAAGACAAGGAAGCCGAGAAGGAAGGCCGGGAAAUCAUAAACAGCAGGAUGAACUUGUUGGAAGGGGAAUUAAGUAAAGUUAAAGAUCUUGUGGAUACUGUUGUACACGAAAUGAACGGCCUCAAAACACAUUCGGCUGAACUGAGUUGUAAUGUUGAUCAUUUAUCAGUAAAAGCUGAAGCCGAUUCUGAUGUCGACGGAGAAACAGAAGAUCAUCAAAUCGAGCAGGCUUUGAAAGAUAAGGAUGUUUCAGCUGAAGGGAAAAACAAUGUUGCUUGUGAAACAAGCAAUGUGUUUGAUGCUUAUUCGAGUAAGGGUCUGGUUUCUACCAAAGAAGAUAAAGCAAAGAAGCAAUACUUGUCGGAUAUGGCAAGAAGUAUACCAGAUGCUGAGAUCAAUGAAAUUGAGACCGAUGACGAAGAAGAAGAGCAACCGAACUGGAGGCAGUUGUACUUGGAUGGACUCGAUGACAGAGAACAGGUUGUCGUCGACAAGUACUCUUCGGUUCUUGAGAACUAUGAAGAGGUAAAAAAGAAGCUUAAUGAAGUCGAUAAGAACAACCGAGAUGGGUUCUUCGAAUUGGCCAUGCAGAUAAAGGAACUAAAGAACGCAGUGGCCUCUAGAGAUAGAGAGGUUCAAUAUUUACAUCGAAAAAUUGGGUUUUUAGAUGAAAACAAGCAUGUAUAUUCAAUAGAAGACCACGAAGUAAACCGUGAAAGUCCGAGCGAGCAAUCUACGUUAACCAAUUCUAUCGAAGCAUCACCUUCAGAGCAGGGGAAAGAUAGAUCCAUUAGAAAAGAAAUCACAGUCGAAGUCGAGUCAACUACACACGGAAGUUCCAAAGAAUCAUCCGAGAAAGCAGGAGAAAACAACAAACGUACAAGCCAAUCAGUCGUAGAGAACAAAAUUAGAUCAAGUAUCGACGAAUUACUCGAGGAAAAUCUCGUGUUUUGGUUGAGAUUCAGUGCAGCUUUUAAUCAAAUAAAGAAAUAUCAAACUUCAGUCAAUAACUUGAAAGCCAAGUUAUCAACAUUGAGAAAAAGAAACCAUUAUGAAGGAAGAAUGGAACAUAUGCAAUCCGAAAUCCGACCCGUUUAUUGUCAGUUCCAAGAAAUAAGAACCGGCUUAACACUAUGGUUAGAAAACAAUGGAGUUUUGACAGAUGAAAUUGAAAGCAGAUAUACCUCCAUAUGCAAAAUCCAAAAUGAAAUAGCUAGUGGCUAUGAGUUGAUGAGUGUAUAUCAAGCAACCAAGUUCAAAGGUGAAGUUACGAACAUGAAACAUGAACUUACCAAGGUAUCUAAUGAAUUAAAAUCCGGGUUUGAACAUGUGUGGCAACUCAAGCAUGAGGUUGAGAAGCAAAUGAACAGCUUGGAGAAAGAACUUGGGUCCUUAAUAUCAUCAAUGUCUCAACCAUCAAAGUCUCAGAGAUCAUCGAUGUCUCGAAUUCCACUUCGGUCAUUCUUGUUUGGAAUCAAGUUAAGGAACUCUAAGCAAUCAAAAGGAUCAUCAAUUGUUACAAGCUACAAGAAUUUAAGUAAGUCUUCAAGAUAAACACUUUCUUAUUAGACACCAUUGUUGAACUUGUA